AUGCCCGGUUCUAUUAUCGCUAUUCGUGUCGCCCAAGCCAUAGGCUUUACAGGCGCUGCUUGGCUCUCUGGAAAUAUUGCUGCUUUGAGCGCAAAUGCGGCGCCUGCUAUCGCAAAAUCCGUUCGGGAGGAUAGCAUCUCGCCAAAGGUAGCUUGCAAACAGUGGAGGGACAUGUACGAGGCCGGCAAGACUCAAAAUCCUCCAGUUGCCGCCAUCACAGCAAGUUCAUUCGCAUACGUUGCGUGGUCAGCUCGACAGAGUCCUUCCAUCUUUGCAUCUGCCAGGUACGGUGGUGCUGGCAUAUAUGCAGUUGCUGCCGUCUUGACGUUGAGCAUUGUUCCGUACACGAUCGCGACGAUGAGUGGAACGAACGACAAAUUGCUUGGACUUGCCGGAAGCAAGGCGGACCUCUCGAUCAGUCGUGCGGAGGUGGAAAAUUUACUUUCCCAAUGGACCCAGCUAAAUUGGGUAAGAAGCUUGCUCCCACUUGCUGGUAGUUUUGUUGGUAUUGCUGCUGCACUACUGUAA